GACAAAGGACUCGAAGGAGAAGAAGUAACCCUUCGCGGGCUGCGCCUCGCCAAGCCAAUCCGGGCAGCGGCGGCGAACGAGUGGGCCGGAGCGGCGGGGGCGCUUUCGGGCGGCGGAAGAGAGCCGGGCCCCGCCCGCGAAGGAGACCCGGCGGCGGAGGCGCCCGCCCGCCUUCGCUCCCCCCGCGCCGCGCCCCCUCCUCUUGCAGGCGCGGCAGCGGAAGGGUUAAGCGAGGGGGCGGGGGCAGGAGAGGGAGCAUGUGCAGUCGGGCCCCGCAGCCGCGCUAUGGGUCCCUCUUCGCUGGCACACUGGGUCUGCAGCUGCCGCGGCGGCGGCGGCGGCACAAGCAGCAGCAGCCGGCGCAGCCGGAGGAAGAGGAGGAAGAGCAGCCGGCGCCGCGACGCUUCCAUGGAGGCGAGCGCCGAGAGGCGGAGCUGAGCCCAGCCCAGCCGCGUCCCGGAUCGCCGCCAAGCACCUGCGCCGGGGCCUCCUCGCCCACCUCCCUCCCCGCCGCCGCCGCCGCCCGGGUAGGUGCAUCCGCAGAGGCCUCUUCCGCCUCUUCCCGCGACAGGGGCGCGCCGAGGUGGCGGGGCGGCCGAGGGAGGAGAUCCCACCGCCCGCCCGCCUCGGGGUUUCCGAGGGAACUCCGUCUCCGGGGAGUCCCUCGCGGAUGGAGGCAGCGCAGACGGGCGGGAGGCGCUGCUGGGCGGGCGCUGCUUGGUGCCGCAAGAGCCGCAUCCUGGCGGGCUUCUCUCACGCGCCGGGUCCGGCUGCCGGAGCGCUCGCCGGCCCCGGACACCUUCCUGCCUCGGCCGGGGAUGCUGCCCGUCCGGGGAAGGAUGCGCAGCAGCCCGAAAGCGGGGUGGCCUGGGGAGCUAGUCGGGAUUGGCUCCGGGGCUGCGCUGGGCGCGCUUUCGGCUCGCAGGGGAUCCCGAGUCCCGAGCGCGUCUUCCGCAGUCCCGGAAGGGACGGGGUGGGGGAAGGGAGGUGUCUCCCUGCUUAGAGCUCUUCUCCAGCCCAGGGCGCUUCCCUACCUUGGCGUUGCAUUUCUUGCUCUCCUCCUCUUUGCUCUCCGUCCUCACCCAGCACUCCGGUCCCCCUUGGUUGUGAGCGGCACUUAAGCACAUGCUACAGUUCUUGUUCAUUACUCGGGCUCCCCCAACCCCCAAUCGCGAUUCUUCAGAGAACGACCGGGCUAUAUAUUUUCUUCCCGACAUGCUGUCCAGCUGUCAAGAUGUGAUCUUUUCUGUAGUCCUCUUCUUGCCGUCUAACUACUAUUUAUCGGAUUUCAUUUGCAAAACGCUGAAAGCCUUUCCUUAUGCUCACCAUCCCGACUCUAUGAAGUGAGCGGCUGUACCAUUAGCACCAUUUUACAGAUGUGAAAACUGAGGCUGAAAGAGGAAAUCGAGCCCUUGCCAAGGCCAACCAGUGAUAGAUAGCGGUGGGUUUGGGACCAAAUGAUCUCCCAGAUCCAAGCCUCACCUGGCUCUCAGUGAUGUUUAUUUCCUCCUAGCCUCACUAUAUUCCUACCAUCUCCUCAGCCUGCUUUUUGCUUCUGAUAACUAGGCUGGCUUGGUUGCCUUUGGAAACCUUCGCCACAAUCCACUUGUUGGCCUCUGAAGUGCCAUACCAAGUCACAUGUUUGUUUUCCCCAGUUACAAACUGAAUGUAGUGAUUUCUCUGGAGUUUGUCAUAGUUCUUUACUUUCUGGCUGUAAUUAAGGGCAUCUACUGUAUCCGUGGUAGACCUGUCUUCUAGGUGCCACUACCAGGGUAUUUAGCUAACACACCUCUAGGUAGUAGAGUGCUUCCUACUCAGCCUGAGACUGACUGCAUAGGGCUGGAGAACAGGAAUUAACUACCGUUGGUGUGUGAUAUCUGAAACAUUAGGUCUUGCUCAUAAAACACAUGUACAUCACUUGAUUUCUUUGCACUGGAUCACUGUACAGCUGAUGACUUGGACUCUACCCUAUGAAAGGUGGUAGGUAACCUCAUACAUUUGUUAAGAUGCCACACGGCUCACUGAGGGUUUUGAUGCAACAGACUAAGGGCACAAUCCUAAGAUUAGAUCUGGGAUCUAAUUGAGCUGAGCUAGGAUCUCAGCUGGGAACUAGGUGGCUGAGCUAAGGUGGGUGGAUCGUUAAGAUGCUAUUAUCCCUUAAAAAGGGACAUUCCUAGGCAGAGCUGCGGGGGGGGGGGGAGGGGGGUAGGACCUAGGCUGGAUCCUAAGUUUAUUCAGCUCAGUCACAUUGCUUGAUGUGUGUUAAGCCAACAAUAAUGGUGCUGGAACUCAAACUCUAUUUCAAAGGGCUUGUUUCCCCUUCCAGGCUUAGGCUGGCUCAGCCAUCAACAGCACAGCUGCUGAAUGGAGUUUGGAUCUGGGAUAUUUUAUGACAGCUUAAUUUAAGUUGGCAUAAUUUAUGCUGGUUUCCCAUGUUUAGGACUUCUCCGUUACACACUUACUCUGGUGGAAAUUGUACUUUGAGAUGAUAAAAAGGGAUAGGAACCUGCCUGUGGUGAUUUCUAUAUUUGUGAUGAAACACAGUGGAAGUCAUCAAAGGGAUGAGCAUACUUGUAUUAAGCCCAGCUACUUGAAAUAGUAAUAUCGCAUACAUUGUUCUCCCAUCCCACCCAAAUUUAGGACGCUUUCCCACAUGAAACUGGUUCAGUUGAUUUGAGUAAUUCAGAUCAAUUCAGGAUAAACAAAAGGAUGUAUUCAGAAGUUGAAUAGGAUAGAUGGAGGAAAGGUACAUGGUUUGCUUGCUCCUCACUUAAUUAUCUCUAAAGAGGAAAAAGUCCAUCAUCUCUCUUGUAUCCAUAGCUAAAUAUGUACUAGUUGUCAACAAAUGGGUAUACCGUUCUGUGCUGCUCUGAAACCAACUAUAUUGUGUUGCCAGAAAUAGCCAGUGUUUUAAAAAUAGUACCUAUAAUCUCUAGCAUUCUGAGGACAAAAAGAGAACCUUGGGAAAACUCAUGUAUGGUUGACUGCCGGACUGCCAUUUGAAAGGAGGUGAAUUUGCUAACAUGAACAGCUGUUGGUGUUAUUGAAUUCUUGUGAACAAUCAGCUUGACAAAUGUCAGAUAGCAGUAGAUUUUCUCAGUACAGAAAAAUUAUAGUUAGAUGGAUGUGUACUCAAUAAGUUAGAUCUGACCUACAUAAAUAUAAUCAACAAUGCAAAUUAACUGUGUGAGUAUGUGUGUGUGUAUGUGAGAUAUAUAUAUCACACACACACACACACACACACAUAUUGCAUAAUUUAUUCUGCUUCUAUUAGUCGUGAAAAGUUGUAGGAACUAUGCAAGGCACUUAAGCAGAAACCUCCUGACCUCAGGAAAUUCAUUUUAGACCUCCAUUCCAUCUGAGAUUUUUAUUAGGCAUUCCCCACACAUCUUUAAGCCUAUUUUUUAUCCCCAUAAGGUCUAAAAACUUGCUUUUAGAAAAGAUGACUCAUGUGUGCAAACAUAAUGUCACUGGGGAAAAAAAUAGGAUUGGCCAUGAACUGAGAUAUGAUCCAUGCAUAGCAUUUCUGGGCAUUUCUGACAAUUAGGAAGACUUAAUCUCAUUAAUCUGUUUAUUAGCAGCUAGUCUGACCAUCUCCAAGGAUUUGGAAAAAUAUGAACUCUCUAUAUAUUUUUCAAUGGUACAGAGAACGUGGAGGUCAGGUUUCACGGGCAAACAUAAGCAGCAAUUUCAUGUACUGUAUGGUGUGACAAAGAAGGAUCGCUUUAUUGAACACUGGCUCCCAUUCAUAUCACGUGCUAACAGGAAUCCAGCUGGGCAGCUUUGUGAUGAGUCUUCUACCAUAUUGUGCAAAGUUCUGCUUUCUCCCUAAUGCUCAAGUUCUUCAACUAAUGACUAAACUUUUAUGUAUGACUCUACAUCCUUUUUGGAGGGGGGGAAGUGUACUGCUUUGGUAUGGUGGUGGUUUGGUCCGUUUGAACAUCAACAGUUUUUUCUUUGAAUUUGUAGCUCUUAAAAUAUUAAUGCUAUAUAUAUAUAUCACAAAGCUGAUUUGGGGGGGAUGCUAAAUUUUGUGCCCAUUACCAAAUUGUAUGAUUCUGCCCACCCAUGUUUAUCUGCUCUGUUAUUUUAAAUAGAACCUGGAGAGGACUAGGGAAAUGGCUUGUCGGGCCUUCCUAUACCUCCCUGCUGGUGGGGAAACAGAGGUCCCUCAGGCCUCUGCUCCUCCCUGUCCUUCUCCACCCUUUCCCCCUGCUGUAGACUAUUUAAGCUCAAGAGCUCCAAGAGCCCUUUAUUAGGUCUUGGUGGUAGCAGUGCUCACCCAUUUCUGAGUGGCAGCAGCCCGGGUGCCUGUAGGGGAAGGUUGAGGCAUUUUGUUAGAAGCCAGUCUGCCCAAAGUGAUCCCCUGCAGAUCUUCACACAUACAGUACUAUAAUAAACAAUUUGUUUCUAGACGAAAGGUUCUGCAAAUUUUGCUGGAGAACCUAGUGUGUGCUGGUUAGAUCUUGAGAAGUUUCACUUCCUCCUCACUCUCCAUCUAAAAAGAGGAAGCCCUUUUGAAGUGAUAAAACAUUUGUAUUUUUUCCCAUAUUUGGAUCCUAAUGUCAACGGGUUUUUAUGGACUGCAGGAGUAGCUAACGUUGAUGGCGUUGCUGUUUAUGGUCCAUAAUACAAGCAUUAUUCAGAACAUAUUCCUUGUGGGAAUAAAGUUGAGAAACAUAGGAAAAAUUGGUAAAAUUGACAACCCAUACAUAGAUCUGAGUCUACAGUGAUGGAGGCAAGUGUAUAGUGCCAAGCUGGGGCAUGAUCCAGCCAAAGCUAAGCAUUCUUAAGUCUCAUUGAUUUCAGUGCCUGUUCUUAGCUUAAUUUCGACUGCAGCACGCUUUAAACCAGCUUCUAUGACCAGGUUUAAAAUGUUGGAUUAUAAGCCGGUGGAUGCAUUCUGGGGUAGGGGUUGAAGCCUGAGCAUAAGGCUAUUUUUUUUAACUAAGAAUAGUAUCUACUCGGAAGAAACUUGGUUUCGGUGCAACUUGCUUUCCUAGUAAGCAUGCAUAGAAUUAGCUCUUCAGGUGUAAGAAGUUUUCCAGGUCCCAGCUUUCAGAACUUGAGAUUCACUUCUGGACAUGGGUGGUGUUGGUUAUUUUGAAUGGCAUGUCAAGAGAUUUAUUUUUAUUUUUUGUAGAUUGACAAAAAAUGGCAGCAAAGAGCUGCAAAACCAGUAGCAGAAACCAAGCUAUCCUGAAAACUGUAUUAAAUGGCAGUAUGUAAAUACUCAUAACCAGUCAAUCAUUGGUUAUAUAAAUAAAAUGCAAAGAUUCAAGGAGCAAAGAUCUGUGUUCUCCCCUGAUGCCAGCUAUUUUUGGGGGGUGGGGCAUCAGGAGUGAGCAGCUUUUGUUCCUGUGUAUUAUGAUGGGGGGGGUCACCCUUCCUUCUGAAACAUAAGCAAAAAUCUCCACUUAGUGAAAGGAAACAGCUUUCAGGAAUGCAGUAUUUAUGUGAUAAUCCGCCACUGAACUGGUAACCUACAAAGGGAACCAUUUUUAUUAACAGGCAUUUCUAUGGUACUCAGCAUUGAUAGUGUGCGUGUGUGUGUGUUUAGGUUAUUAACUUGCAAUUUUUCAUUUCACAGUUGCUAUACAAAAGAGUCUAAUUUCUAUCUUCAUACCAACUUUCCCAUUAUUAACCGUUCCUAAGUGCUGCUCGUAGAAAUGAAUAAAAAGCAAAGAAGGUGAAUUAAAAUACUGUGUAGGUGAGAGUAAAUUCUUACACCACUGCCAGGGACCUCGGGUUAAGAACUUAAUUCGUUCUGGAGGUCCGUUCUUAACCUGAAACAGUUCUUAACCUGAGGUACCACCUUAGCUAAUGGGUCCUCCCACUGCCACCCCACUGCUGCUGCAUGAUUUCUGUUCUCAUCCUGAAGCAAAGUUCUUAACCCGAGGUACUAUUUCUGGGUUAGCGGAGUCUGUAACCUGAAGCAUAUGUAACCCAAGGUACCACUGUAUACUACUAGACUGUGCAGUAGUUUCAGAAAAUUCAUUUCAAGCGUACUGCUGUGACAUCUCACUGAGUCACUGUAGAUGUACUAGCCAUGAUAUCUUUGCCUUCUGUCCUCUCCUCCACCUUCCAUCUCCUGCUGGCCUUAAUCACAAUUAAAUAUGACAUCGUCAAUGACAUUAACCACGGUUGAGACUAACUAACCAGGUUUGUUUAGCAGCAGAGCAUGGAAAGCAAAUUUCCUAUAUCUCAUCUAAAGAAGUAUUUGUGGGGAAAGUACAUUGUUUCCCCAAAGAUUUUGAAUAGCCUCUGGCUAGCUCUUUCCAACAGCAGAUGGAGUCAUAAACUUGUGUCCAGAAAGUACUGCUUCAGAUUGCACGUGACACGCAAACAUAUGAUGCAAUACACUCUGGCUAUUCAUUCACCCAUUCAUUUUUAUUUAAAAUUGCAUAUCACACCCUAUUUGAAAUCAGUACAACAAAACAGAAAACUAAUGAAACCUUAGCUACAGAAGAACUUAUUUAUUCAUACAUACAUAGGAGAAAAUUAAUUAAUUAAUUAAUUAAUUGUCCUCCUCUUUCCGUCAAAGUGGUAUGCAUGGUUUUCUUCCUCCAUAUUUCCCCACUCACAACAACCCUGUGAGGUAAGCUAAGCUGAGAGACUGCGACUGGCUCAAGGUUACCCAGUGAGCUUCAUUGCUGAACAAGGAUUUGAACUCUGGUCUCCCAGGUCAUAGUCCAGCACUCUAACCGCUGCACCACACUGGGUCUCACAGUGGCCACCUGUAUGGACACUUCUUAAGAGCGGAAGAGGGAGAUGCUUGUGCCUUGUCCCCAGGUGUCACAGAGACACAGCUAUGCUUCUCCACCCGCACAUAAGCGCCUGCUGCCCUUGGAGGUCAUGAGUGGGGUGGCACAUUCGCACACAACGUUUUAAAUCAUCAUCCUAUAAAGAUGCAGAGAAGUAGAAAACAUAAUGCAACCGUCACAAAAUAGAAUGAGGCUCAGGUUAAAUGUUCGAAAGUCUAACCUGGGAAAGUAAAGUAACUCUUCACCUAGCAUCUUAACUACAGUACAUGAGUAGGUGCAAGUGAGUUUCCCAGAGGAGAGCAUUUGAUAUAGUCAAGAGGGCCCUGCCUCUGGUGAUCACGUGCCUAAGCCCAGAAGGGAGCAGGCAUUCAGAGAAAGGGCCCUGAAGACCGUAAUGCACAAGCAGAAACUUGUGGGGAAGGAGGAUCCUUUAGGUACCCAGAAAGCAAGCUAUGCAGUAGUACCACGGGUUAAGAACUUAAUUCGUUCCGGAGGUCUGUUCUUAACCUGAAACUGUUCUUAACCUGAAGCACCACUUUAGCUAAUGGGGCCUCCUGCUGCCGCCACGCUGCUGCUGCUGCACAAUUUCUGUUCUCAUCCUGAAGCAAAGUUCUUAACCCGAGGUAAUAUUUCUGGGUUAGCGGAGUCUGUAACCUGAAGCGUACGUAACCUGAAGCAUAUGAAACCCGAGGUACCACUGUAUAGGGCUUUAAAUAUAACACCAGCAUUUCAAAUUUUAUUGGGAAUAGAUUGACCACCAGCAGGGUGAGGCAGCCACCUCAGGCACUUGAUUGUGGAAUUCAUGAAAGGGCAAGUUUUUAGUUAUUUGUUCGUUCUUUCUUUCUUUCUGCUGCCAGGAAGGAGGAGAACUGUUGGUGAGGUCUUCUGCCUCAUGUAGCAAUAACAUGGUUGGCCUGAGGCACUGUAUGGUGGGUUGGGGGAACCAUUUACUGUUUCACAUCAUACAGCAAAAUGCCCUGGGCUGGCACUUGCUAGCAGUGAAAUUGUUUCAGAGCUGGGCAGAUAUGUUCUAGGAGUGCUCCCAGUAGCAAUCUUGCACCUGUGUUCUGGACUAAUAGAAGCUUCUGGGACGUCUCCAAAGUCAAACCAUGUAAUGCAUUGCAGUAAUCUAACCCAAAGAUUGCACCAUAUUUCACAUAUAGAAGUACUUGAUAUGAUGACUUCACAUUGAAGCAGCACUGAAUUUUGUAUUUUGGUUCAUAAAGCAGGGAUGACCUUGCCUUGCCUUGCUGCAGAGUGCCAUCAAGAAAUACUAUAGACCCAUUAAUGGUAAAAUGUGUUUGUUGGGUUUUUAAAAAAUAGCCUUGGUGGCAGGUGCUCCACACUGAGAGAUGUAUUUCUCUUAGCAUUGUAUAAUAUGGCCUUACAUUUUCAAUUCAGCUUCUCGUGCAAAAUUCAGGCAUCUGUUGCUUUUCCUGCCACUAGCAGUUUCCUUUCUGAUAGCACUGCAGCCAAAACAUGCCACUGAGCACCUGAUUUUCCAGAAGACAUUAAGAUACAGGAUCCCAGAAGGUUCUUGGGUUCUUGUAGAAGGCUGCUGUAGUCAUUGUUCAAAAGUUUUUGUUUCAAACCUAACAACUUGGGAGGGUAUCAUAAUGAGGAAAGAAUAAACCCAAAACAUUACAAUUCUUACCCAUUCUAGUAUAAUUCCCUGUUCUCUUCUUUAAAAGAGCACUCAUUUCCCUUUGUUGGAAGGGAAAUAUUUGGAAAUUAAAUAGCUAUGUGUUAACUCUGGCAGCAGCUGGGAAAGAAAGCCGAGAUCUAGUGAUAUUCUGGCUCAUUAGUAAAAGUUACUGUUGUAUGUGUUAAUUAGGGAUAAUGAUGCCACACUGAGCUUUGUUCAGAGUGCUUACUCCUUUGCCAAUGACAAGAUUACCAAUCUGUGUCAAAAAGCAGAGACCAGCCUCAAGGGCAUCUGAAGUGGACGAUGCAUAAUAUUUUUCACAUUGAGUACUUGCUUGUAACAGUUUUAGAAUAAAGUUGCUUGUGCAAGAACUCAAAUAGAUUUAUGUUAGUAGGGAAGCAAGAAAGGAACUAUGUCAUCCUGUGUUCUAACCCUUGCUGUUGAAUUAAUUAAUCUAGUGCAGUAGUUUGGGCAACCUCUCCUAAUAAAUCCUCUCCCUACGCAAUCUUGUCUUCAAGCUCUAUAUAAAAGAUGGAUUAGUGCAUAAAGAGGAUCUCAUCCGCUAAGCGCCUUCGCUAUCAUGUGCUGUCUUCCCUGUGUCGCGUAAGGUUGAGAACUGAUGCUCAUUAGUUUAGACUUAAGCGAUGGGUCUUGAACUAGAAUUCAACUCUCACUGCGGCUUGUCCUGUUUCAGGCCAGCACCUUUGACAGGAACCACAUGUCUUCUGUAAAUUCCUCCAGCACAGGCAUCCCCAAACUCGGCCCUCCAGAUGUUUUGGGACUACAAUUCCCAUCAUCCCUGACUGUUAGCUAGGGAUGAUUGCCCAUAAGCAAUCAUCACAGUGCAGUCUAGCUUGGCUGCUGUUUGUGAUGGAUUGACCUCUUUUUAACAAUGAAGAUCCUCAGAGCUGAUAGUACCAAGAACAUCUGUAUGGUGCCUGGGCAGGAAGCUCUUCAAGGCCUUUCACUGCUACUGAACCAAAUGGAAGAUGGGAUUGCUAAUUUGCUAUUUGAGCAACCAAGGAAAUGAACUGUAUACAUGUCUGGGGUGGGGAUAAGUAAUGAAUUAAGUGAGCGAAUAGAAAUGCACAUGAACUUACUUAUGCAUAAUUUAAAGUGCUUUUCAUCUAGAUGUCAUACCCUUGUUGGUCCAACAUCCUUGCAUCUCUUUUUACAUACUUUAUAUAUAAACAUUUUUGUGAGGCCCGUCUGAAAAGUGAUGAAUAGAACUACUUCAUAUAAUAAACACAUGACCACAACUGAGCAGUAAUUGUUUUUCUAAAUAUAUAAUUAAAACUUUAUGCCAAUUUUUCAAGUCACUUUGCAGGUAAAAUAAAAAUAACCAAGGCUGAAAUAUUAUACAUUUACCUAGGAGUAGGCCCCAUUGAACUCAGUAGGACUAUUUUUUUUAUCAGACAUGUAUAGGAUUGUGCUGUAAGGCUACAAUUACCUGGGAGAAAACAUUACUGAACACAGAGGGACUUCCCUCUGAGUAAACAUUCCUAAUGGGAUAGCACCGUAAGUUACUCAUUCCUGAAAAAAAUAGUAGAAGAGUGGAAAAACUAGGAGUAUUGCUGAAGCGUUUAAUAACCCACUGUCCUCCACAGAGUAUGUAACAGUUGGAAAAUGUUAAUCUGCUAGGUUGCUAAGCAACUGUGUCCUGACCUCAAUCCCUAUUGGAUCAAGGGGAGUUUACUGAUGAAUUAUAUUUUUACUCUAAUUUAAACCUUGAUAGAGCUGAUGUAGGUAGGGUUUUAACAAAAUGGUCCUUUUCCUGGUUCAUUGGAGUCUUAAGGUGUACCAUUUAUCAUUUGGUGUGCUUGCAAAAGCAUGCUAAUAAUAAAUUUCAAUAAUGAGAAUUAAAGCUUUAACAGAAUAUCGUGUUGCACAAACUCAGUUUUUAUAGGAUCUUGUGUCAGUGUUAGUAACCCAAAAUUAACCUCAGAUGUAUUACUGCUAGGCUAAAGGUCAAACGGAUAAAGAGCCAAAAUGUGAAAUGAUGUCACAGGAAUGAGAGCUGUCAGAAUCUCUCAAGUAUCACUUUUAAGAUAUAUCCUACAUUGCAGGUUUUUUAAAAAAUCAAGUAAUAAAACAUACCCAUACAAGGAAUACAGAAUUUAGCAGUGGUACAGGAAAAAAAAUGAUUGUAAUAUUAGACGUUCCAAGAAAGGCAGUCAAAUGAAAGUGUAUCUCCAUACAGUUCCACAAAUUGAUGGAAGGUGAAAACCAUGUUCAAUUGUCUUAACAAAGUCCAUAGAAUGAUACCAUGUCAUAGAUGGUGUGAGUCUUAUUCACCCCAUAUCAAUAUUCUUUUUGUGAAAUGGUUAAUGUGUCCAUAAGCACAGUGGCCCAUACUUGCAAAAUUCAUGCUUCAAAAAGAUUUUCAUUUAAAAGUUUUCCCAUUUUUUGCAGUCACUAAUCUAGGUGCAGUUAAUAAAUGGAAGAUGAUGUCUUCAUUGGUUAUGUUCUAAUAUGAGGAGUAAAAUAAAAUAGUAGGGCUAAUUUUGCAUCUGUCCAUACUUUUCAGUUUUAGCUAUAUAAAAGUGCUAUAGCUUCCAUCAUUUGUUUUGCUAAAGUCCUUCAGUUUUUCAACAGUUUGUUCUUAUGGCAUUUUGCUUUAGAGACCCCGUGAUUGUGGAAUCAAACGUUCUGGUUCUUUUCCAGACAGGCACAUGCUUUCAUUAGUCAAUGUGGCUGCCUACACUUUUCUUAGAGCUAUAUGAAUGCAGUCAACAGCUCCAUGCUUUGUUUUUAUACACAGGAAUGACUUCAAAAAGCCUGCAUUUUUGCUAAUUUACAUUGUAAUGGGGCAGCAAACUUGAAACAUAAGCGAAGAGUCUGCAAAAUAGAGGCAUUCAGAUUUGCUACAAAGCUGAUUAUUUCUACCAUUUACCCUCUUGUUUCUCAGAAAUCAAAUUGGAGGCAGGGAGCAAAACGUUUUGGGUGCUGUGUUCUCACAGGGUUGUUGCAGCUUUCUACCUUGUAGGUUGGAUUGUUUUAAUACUCUUAAUGCAGUAGGGUAGGGGGGGGGGGCACAAGCGUGAUUGCCCUAGCACAAAAUUGUUAGGGGCGGAAAAUUUCAACACCCAGUAUUGCCUCAAUACAGCUGCACGCUUCCUUUGCUGGGCUCUGUUGAAAACAGCUUCUCCAGACAACGGAACAAGUUUUUCUUUUCUUUUCUUGGUGGUUGCAAUCUCCAUCAUUAGGCAGUUGAAUGCUGAUGUGUACUCCGUACAGUGAAUAUAAAGCUUGCACCAAUUCAGAAUCUCCUCCCCUGCGAUGUCUCAUUUCCCAGAAGGGCUUAUUUUUAAUAGUUGCUUCCCAGAGGAUUCUGACACUGUGGUUCUGGAGUUCUGCUGUAAUACAGUUCUCCAAAGCACUAAGACACACCUUUUGUCCAAUUAGCAUCUCCCUUUAGGUAACUAAUGCUUAAGGUACCUUCAUACAUCACAAAAUUGGCCUAUCUUAGCUACGGUCUCAUUAAAAGCAGAGUGGCAUUGGGCUGCAUUGUUGUCUGAAUACCCUUGGGCCUUGCAGACUGCCUGAGCAAUGCAGUGUCUCUUAAGUAAGGAAUCAUCCAUUUGCCUACUCUCUGUGUUGUAGCUGAGAAUUAGCUCCUCUCCCUGAUAAGCGCCAACUCUCCUCAACUCUAAAGUCUCUAAAGUCAGGAUUUUGCAAGUAAGGAGGAAGAAGUUUCUCCCAAGGCAGUGGUGAAUAACCUUUGGUGCACCUGUACCACAAGCCAAGACCCAAGUAGAAGGCUGUGUACACAUUACCAUUGACUCUGGCUCCAGAGUCCACUGCUGGUGUUUGAAAGUGCAUUCACAUGAUGAGGUUAGCCGCAAUCCUUAUGUAUCCUUUAGUUUCUCGAGAAAUUAUGCUGUUUGAUGUCUUAAAACCAGCUUCCUUCUGAUUCGAAAAUGUAGGCCACAGUUAAGCUGAGGUGUAUACAUUUGAGACAGUGUUGCACAUGCACAGAUGACAGUGCAUGCACACAUUACAACUUCACUGAACAGGAGUUUGGCACAGGGAAACAAAUCAGCUAAUGUACAUCAGGUGAAAACAUCACCAACCCCUCUCUGGUGUGUACAGCAACAUAAGAAAGUGACUUGAAAUGGAGCAGGGGGAUAUGGGGUUGAUGCAUUUUAAGCUGCUAAUAUGUACAAUUAAGUCACAUCUUACGUGCAUUUAACAUACAUUAUUUCAACCGUAUGUGCUUGGCUUUAGACUCUUUCAAGAUUCCAUUCCAGCCUUUCUCUUCUGCCUGCAUCUCUCUUUCUCUCUCUCUGCUGCUGCUCUGUUCCCCCUUUAUUUCUCUUUGCCUCCGUCCCUCCCACCAGUUGCUCACAUGAGGAUGAGUGAAGGGAGGCAGUGGAGCUACAUGGAAAGCCUUCCUGCAGGGCUCCCCCCCCCAUGCCAACCAAGGGAAAUUAAAAUUUGGCUAUACACAAUUUUCACAUAGAUGCACAACCAUUGGCACCAAAUAUCUGUGCAUGAUACAAGGUGAUUGUACAUAGACACUGACACUCAUCAGGUGACAAAGGCUGCUUUAUAGCACUGCGUAUGCCACUCUCAUGCCUUGGUGUGGUUUUACCUCUAUCCUGCUGAGCAACAGAGCAGGCAGCAGUCUAGACAUGAGUGGAUAGGUCCUCCUUCUCCAGGCAAGGAUUGCUUAGGUUGGCUAUCUAAGUCCUGAGGCAUGAUCCAUUGGGAAGGAUCUGUUCUUCCUUCCUUUCCAGAACUGCUUGGCUAGGUAAGGGUGAUUACCACUGUUCAGACCAUGAGCUGGGUUUCUUCCAGAGAAACAACCCAAUAAAUGGAUCCUUGGAUUCUCAAGGGCCUUAGGUUUCCUGCACUUGGGGCAGGCUGUUCCACAUUGUGAUUUUGUGAAGUUGUUCUUCCAUAUUUUCAAGUCCACAUUCGUUAAAAAAGCAAGGGAAUAGCUAGUGGGAAGUGAACUUGAGUGGUGUGAAUGCAAUGUUCUACUGAGGACUCCCAAAUGCAUUGCCUGCCCUUCGCAAAGGGGCUUGCAUUGAUCUCUCUGGGCAACUGAGCGAGGUUUACUACAGACCAAAUGGGGGCAGAUGCUCCUAGGAAUGCUGCUACCAUUCUGAGAUAACAAAAUUUCACCAGGUGUGCCUGGUGGCGCAGUGGUGAUCGCAGCUGAGAAAGGAACAUUGGGCUGACUCCCUGAUGCCUGAUCCUGUUGCUCCGAGUACAGCAAGUGCCCCUUAUCGUUUGCCCUCGAGGACUAUCAAAGGAAACCUAGAUGUCUUCCAUUACUGUUGAAAACAAGAGUGGAGUCCCAUGCCGGGCCUCGAAGAAGAAUGUAGAUCUAUUGGCAGCGGAUCUGAACAAGGGAAUGAAUAAUUCAUGCCCCCAAAUGCCUCCUGUGCGUUCUCAUCCAUUUAGGCUGCUUGGGAGUUCUAGCUGCUGAGAUGCAGACACAGAUCGACUUCCAAAGGAUAAAAACCCUGAUAGACGCUGCUUGCUGUUGCUUCUGUCAGCCUCCAGUUCAAAGGAUUGCAGCAGCUGCUGUGAUGCUGGCUUAAGAGGGCGAAGGCCGGACCUCCGAUUGCUGCCCCAUCAAAACUGUGGUAGUCCAAGAAGUUCUGUAGCAAGGGCAGCCUGCUAGAAUCCCUUCUCUAGGUAAGUAAGGCAAAAAAAGGUGGCUUGGCUAAUUUUACCAGGAACCAUGUGGCAGGCAGGGGAGGGCAGUGGCUCAGCCCAGAGUUGGAAAUGGCCUUGUUUACGUGCCAAGGGGCUUUUCUUAGGAGCGGGAGCGGGGGCGGGCGGGCACAGGAGAAAGCAAAGCAGGUUUGUCUCUGCCAAAAGCUUGCUAAAAACAGACAAGGCUUUGAUUCGCUUUCAGCCACCAUCUUAAGAAGUAAAGCUGAUUUAAUUGCUGUUCAGUGAAGUAAAUUCAUUGUGUGGAGUCACUUACUAGCUGGGCAGUUGUCCAUAUCAGAGUUGGCAGCUAAGGGCUUGGGAGGAGGAAUUUCUCUCCCUGCCUCGGUCGAGGUCUCUUUAGGUCACGGCAGAGGUGCACUGGCAGGGCAGCAGCGGGGAGAGGGGUUAGUCCAGGUCGGCAGGAAACACAACUUCAUUCUCCCAAGCUGUCUAUCCAGCACCCGUGAAACAGGGCUUGUGGGCUGCCAAACUUCCUCUUCUUUGUUUGCUCAAGACCCUGCUGUGUUGAUUUAUAGUGCCACCUUUUACCUUCCCUGCUUUCACUGAGGAUAAGCUCUUUCCACUGGAUUCAAUAACUUCUUUUACAUUUUGCUGCUCAGGUUGCCAUUGAUCCAACAGGCUGUAUAUCCUGUGGAGGAGAGUGUAUGACCUAGCUAUUUAAAGCAGGUGUUUAAACCCCAGCGUGAGUCAGGUUUCUUAACAAUGGGCUAUUGCCACUCCAUCUCAAGGUUGUUCCAGUCAGACUGUCUCCUCUCCAGAUCCCAGUGAUAUCCAGCUAAGUCAUACUCGGAAUAGACACCAUAAAACCAAUGUGCUUAAGUUACUUAGGUUCAUUGAUUUCAGUGGGUCUGCUCUGAGUAUGACUGAUGUUGGAUGUCAUCCAGUGCGCUCUCUUGCUCUGGGGGUGUGUGUGUGUGUGUGUGUGUGUGUGAGAGAGAGAGAGAGAGAGAGAGAGAGAGGUUAGAAAUAUAAAUGUGUCACAAUUCAGUUGCAAUGUAUGAAGUUAGGCACAUGGAUGUCGUCUGUUGCAAAAACUGCAAACUGUAGGUGAUAUUUAUCUGGUCCUGACUAUUAUGUUACAACAGAAGCAGGGAGCACAGCACAACUUAUUUAUACAGAUUUAUCAAGACAUUUGCCUCUUGGAACAGUAUACAGCACAAAGGGAUAAAAUACAGUAAAUGCAAUAAAAUAACACAUUGCAGCAGCAUUUAAAAGUCCAGCAUUGCAGUAGUGAAGAUUACCAGAGCAUGGGCUACUAUGGCUGAGCCGUAUCUAUACCUGCUUUUUCCUGCGUAGCCCUGCCCCUGGAUCUGCGCCAAGGUUACACUAGGCAGCCUUUCUCAACCUUGAAUCCGUAGAUGUUGUUGGACUACAGCUCCUAUCAUCCCUAGCUAGCAGGAUGAGUGGUCAGGAAUAAUCGGAGUUGUAGUCCAGCAACAUCUACGGACCCAAGGUUGAGAAAGGCUGCACUAGAAAAUGUGGGGUUUUUUGCAUUCUCUUUAUUAAUUUUCAUUACACACAAGACAAAUUCAUCACAAACAAAAAAUAAACCAAACAACACAACUAAAUAGAAAAAAAGCAAAGAACAAAAAACAACAUAUAACUAAUUGACUCCCCUCCACCUCGGUUUUGGGUUAUAUAAUAAAGAAUUUUUUCCGCAGUUUAUCUUUAAGACUUCUGUAUGUCGGAGGGUUAUAUUGAGCCUACUGUGAUCUUUAGAUUUUUAAAAUCUGCUUCAAUAUAUGUUAUGAAUUUGUUCCAUUCCUUAAUAAACUUUGUUUCUUUCUGAUCUCUGAUUUUUUGUGUUAUUUUUGCCAAUUCUAAGUAUUCGAAUAGUUUACUUUGCCAAUCUCUUACCGUUGGGAUACUAAUUGACUUCCAAUUUUGUGCUAUUAAUAUUCUAGCAGCUGUUGUUGCGUACUGGAAUAAAGUCUGGUCCUCUUUCUUAAUUUCAUUACCAAUCAUCCCCAGAAGGAAGUUUUCCGGUUUUUUAACAAAAGUGUAUUUGAACAUUUUAAAAAAUUCAUUAUAAACAAGCUCCCAAAACUUUUUAAUUUUUUCGCAGGUCCACCACAUGUGGUAGAAACUUCCUUCCUUAUUUUUGCACUUCCAGCACAUUUUGUCUCCAGUCUUAUAAUUUUUUUCUAAUUUUACAGGGGUGAUGUACCAUCUGUACAUCAUUUUUUCCAUGUUUUCUCUUAGUGCGGCACACACUGUAAACUUCAUAUCUUUAUUCCAGAGCUAUAUCCAACUAUCAUAUUCCAAAUUAUAUCCCAGGUCUAUCGCCCAUUUCACCAUAACUUCUUUUAUCUCCUCGUCCUUAGUAUCCCAUUCUAACAAUUGGUUAUACAUUUUUGAUAAAGUUUUGAAUUUCCUUCCAAUAUUUCUAUCUGAAAUCUGGAUUUUUUUUCGUUCAUCCCAAUCUUUUUAUGUUCUGUCCACAGUGCGUUAAUUUGAUGGAAUUGUAACCAACUCGUUAAUUUAUCUCCUAAUUCUUCAUAAGUUUUGAUUUUCCAACCUUUCUCUGUUCUAACCAACAGGUCUUCAUAUGUCCAUCUUUCACCUUCUAUAUUUACUUUUUUGGUUGUUAAAAUAUCUAUUGGUGACAGCCACCAGGGAGUGUUUCUUUCAAGUAAAUUUUUGUUUCUUUCCCAUACCUCUAUCAAUGGUCCUCUGAUAAUAUGAUUGGAGAAUCCUUUGUGUACUUUUACUUUGUUGUGCCACAAAUAUGCCUGCCAUCCGAAUCUGGUAUUGAAGCCUUCUAGAUCUAACAGGUCAGUAUUUUUUAUGACAAUCCAUUCUUAAACCCACAGAGGCAUGAAGCCUCGUAGUACAAUUUCAAAUUCGGUACCGCAAAUCCUCCUCUUUCCCUUCUAUCUGUAAGUAAUUUAAAUUUAAUUCUAGGCCUUUUUCCCUGCCAAAUGAAUUUGGAUAGAAUUUUUUGCCAAUCUUUAAAAACUGUGGUUCCCCUUAUCACCGGAAUAUUUUGGAACAAAAAUAGCAGCUUUGGAAGUAUGUUCAUCUUAAUUGCGGCCAUUCUUCCUGACCAUGAUAAUUUCAUCCUGUUCCAGAUAUCUAGGUCCUUUUUGAUUUCUUUCCAAGUAACUAAAUAAUUAUCCGCCAUUAAAUUUAUAUUCUUCAUAGUUAGCCAAAUUCCUAAGUAUUUUGCUUUUUUUACCGCCUUAAUUCCAAUUUGUACCUCUAACUGAUUUUUCACAACUUCUUCGAUGUUUUUAGUCAUCAUUUUAGUUUUUGAUUUGUUUAACUUAAAACCUGAUAACUUUACAAAUUCUUCUAAUAAUUCUAUUACCCUGUGUACACUUUUUUGUGGAUCUUCUAAUGAUAGCAUCAGAUCAUCAGCAUAUGCUUUCAAUUUAUAUUCUUUUUCCCCGAUUUUAAUUCCACGUACUUCUGGUGUUGUUCUUACCUUAUUCGCGAUAAUUUCUAAUACCAUUAUAAAUAGAAGAGGAGACAGAGGGCAUCCCUGUCUCGUGCCCUUUGAAAUUUCAAAAGAGUCAGUUAAGUCAUUAUUGAUGAUUAAUUUUGCUCUAGGGCUGCACUAGAAAAUGUGACGGAAUACAGGUUCAACCGAGUCCACACAAGUUUUGGCCACACACACACAAACACACAGCACAAUUUGUGCAAGAACUAAUCCCCAUGACUUCUGAAUUUAGGGAACUACUGUUGUUGUUUAGUUGUUUAGUCUUGUCCGACUCUUCGUGACCCCAUGGACCAGAGCAUGCCAGGCACUCCUGUCUUCCACUGCCUCCCGCAUUUUGGUCAAACUCAUGCUGGUAGCUUCGAGAACACUGUCCAACCAUCUCAUUCUCUGUCGUCCCCUUCUCCUUGUGCCCUCCAUCUUUCCCAACAUCAGGGUCUUUUCCAGGGAGUCUUCUCUUCUCAUGAGGUGGCCAAAGUAUUGGAGCCUCAGCUUCACGAUCUGUCCUUCCAGUGAGCACUCAGGGCUGAUUUCCUUAAGAAUGGAUAGGUUUGAUCUUCUUGCAGUCCAUGGGACUCUCAAGAGGGCACAAGGAGAAGGGGAUGACAAAGGACUUUGCAUGAGCAGGUAUUUGCAAAAAGGACUCCUAUUCAGUUAUUGGAGACCAUGGCUAGCUUGGCCAUGCAACCCUAAGGAUGAGGCAGGCAGUGUGCACCCGCUCCCAGUCAUUGCAUGAUUUCCCUUCGUAUGAAUAACACAGGAAGGGGACUUAUACAUAGUUUAGUAAAAAGAACAUUGGCAUGCCCAGUUUCAUUCCCUAUUAUUUAUGAAUAACAAAGAUUUUGAUAAAAGCUGAUGCACGCAACAGGGCUCUUUUCGGUAGUGACCUUUGUGAAAUGCCACAGUAUAGAAGCUUGUGUCAAAAGAGACUCCUUAAAUGGAGGCUUACAAUGAUCCCCUCUUGUACAGCUCUAAGCUGUGGCCUUGAUAUGUACAACUGCUAGACUCUGGUGUAGAGAGCUCAAAGUAUGCAAAAGAAAAUAAGCCUUACAGUGAAAUGUUCCCCGUUGCUUUGGGUUAGUCUGCUGUGCAGAUGCAAGGAUGGCAAAGAACUCACAGCAAGGUUUCACGGCUUACUUUUAAGAUUGUUCAACGGAGCAGGAUUUGAAGAAAUGCCCGGGUGGUUUCCAUAGUAAUGUUGCUGUGGAGCACUUCUUACACUUCAGAGGUAGCAAAUGUGCCACCCUCUGUGUGGCAAGAUAGUCAAAUCUAUCAAAUUGAGGAGCCAUCUGGAAAUCCAGAGAUGGACACAGGUGUGCUUAUGCUUGCUUUUGUCUUUGUUGAUUAUCAUCUGAGCAAAGAGCACUGAGAGAAAUGGAGUUGGAAGGGGUUCAUUCUUCCAGACAGUCAUUCCAUGUUUAGUGCUCUUUAACUGAAAAUCCACAUAGAUUUUCAGGGUAAUGCUUGAGCUGCACUAGCAGCAGAUGGUGCUCUCUGUCUCUCUUUUUGUACACAUAUAACUCAACAACACACACAGAUGCCUCUUAUCCUUGCUUCUGCCCCUCAUAAAGGUAAAGGACCCCUGACCAUUAGGUCCAAUCGUGACUGACUCUGGGGUUGCGGUGCUCAUCUCGCUUUAUUGGCUGAGGGAGCCGACGUACAGCUUCCGGGUCAUGUGACCAGCAUGACUAAGCCGCUUCUGGCGAACCAGAGCAGCACACGGAAACGCCGUUUACCUUCACGCUGGAGUGGUACCUAUUUAUCUACUUGCACUUGGGUGUUCUUUUGAACUGCUAGGUUGGCAGGAGCUGGGACCGAACAAUGGGAGCUCACCCCGUUGCAGGGAUUCGAACCGUCGACCUUCUGAUCGGCAAGCCCUAGGCUCUGUGGUUUAACCCACAGUGCCACCCGUGUCCCCUUCUGCCCCUCAUAGCCAUCAUGAUAUAAAGAGAUCGCACUGGUCUACUUGCUCACAGUGCUAUCAUAUGUAUAUAUGCAAGUUGUCUGCCUCUUCAGAAGUUGUGUGUGAGCCUCGAACAGGUUUAUUAUUAUACUUGCAACAUGGAAAUGUUAUAUUCUUGCUAGAAAAGAAACGCUCUGUUCCUGCUAGAGUUGCUUUUAAUCUUACAAGUUUUUAUUUUUGGAGUUUUGAGCAGGGUGGAUCGAUCAAAACCGAGGCAAGUUGUCACCAAUAAAAAGACAGUUUUAAAUCAAUUUCUCCAUUGUACAAGUCAUACUAAUUUGUUGCUAUAACAAUGAAAACAUUGGUUAGCAGCUAAGAGCUUUUAAAACAGCACUGGAGCAUAAUCUAAAGCCUCUGGACAGGAAGUCUCUGUGCCUUUGGCACCACAUUUUUGUUUACUUAGAAAUAAGGGAGAGGCAAUUGUGCAAUUAAUAGAUUUAUUUUUUGACCCUUAGUGCAAGAUCACUGCUUUGUCAGCUUAAAUUUCUAGAAUGUUCCAGAAAAAGAGGCUAGUAAUUGCUGAGGAGAACAAAGAUAAGGAGCAGCCAGUUACAUCCAUACCAUACGUUUAAAGCACACAGCUUCCUCCAAAGAAUCCUGGGAACUCUAGUUAGUUAAGGGUUAUGGAACUGUAAUUCUGAGAAGGGUGCACUACAUUUCCCAGGAUUAUUUGACAGUACUGCCCUACCUUAUGUUAUAUUGUAAUAAAGUAUACGCAACACUGAAAGCAUGGUAUAAAUGCUGCAUAUAUUUUAUUCAUUUGUAUCCUGUCUUUCCACUAUAGAAGUCUUCAAAAAAAAUGCCAUUUGAGUUCUGCCCUUUAAAUACUUUUAGUUUAUGAGAUAUCUUUUCAAGGAAGGCAAAGAAGGCCAAUAAAUCUUUUUUGUUUAAAUAAGUUACACACACACAUUGAUCUACGAAUCCACUUUCCUGGUGCCUUAGCAUUUGGACUGGGUCACAGUUCAUUAAACCAACACAUUGUGGCACAAUUGCAAGCAUCCAGACUGGCUUAAGCCUCACAUAUCAUACAGAAACAUAGAGCCUAGCUGUGAACCAUCUCAUUACAAAUAGAACCAGAUGCAAACCAAUCAUGUCAAUAACCAGAGCGUUUGUUUAAUGCAGCCUUCCCCAGCUUGGCGUCCUCCAACUCCUAUCAAUUCCUGCCAGCUCCACUGUGCUUCCUGGGGCUGUUUGGCGACUGUAUCCCAAAGCAGCUGGAGCAUGCCUAGCUGGGGAAAGCUGCUUUAAUCCACAACUGUGAUUGGAAUGCGAAUCUUUGGCUUCCCCUGUGGCAUCUAGUGCUUCCCCUUAGAAUCUUGAGGUUCCUUGCAUUUCACAACCAAGCAGAGGAUGGAUGGAUGAUGGGCAUUUGUUGUAUGUGAUCCCACUCAGGGCUCACGAAAAUGCAGCAUGUGCAUCUAGCAUCAUGAGGCUGCAGCCCUACACUCUUAGGCGCAUUGAACUCAGUAGAAAUGGUGAAUUGCACUGGAAGUCGCUCUACUUCAAGAGCAAGCUUAGACCUUACGGCUGUCAAGGGCAAUAGCAAGGGAUUUCUCUGAGGAUGGGGAAGACUUCAGUGCUCUCCUUAGCAGCUUCCUGUUCCAAAUGACUACUUGCAGAAGGGAAAUAAAGUAGGAAAAAGGAGUGCAUAGAUGAAAAUAGGCUAAAUUUGCAUAAUAUGUACACAAAAUGUAUACUUCAUGCAUAAUGUCUGCAUAAUGUAUGCACAAUGGAAACUAUUUUUCCUUCCUUGAGCAUGGCAUGCUCCCUUUGCCCGUGAGCUGAUGGGUGGCUGAGAGUGCAUGUUGCUCCAGCAAUGGAAGAAUCGGGAGCCCACUUGACUGUUCCUUUAAAGCACCAUCCUUACCUGCCCCAUGCCUGAGAUCAAGAAAGUCAUCGGGUGUGGGCCAGGAGGACAUUGUUCCCCCAAAAUGGCCUAGCAGGCCAAACAAGGGGGCCUGAUGGACCAGGUUUAGCCCAGAGGCUGAGGCUCCCCAGCCCUGGUCUAGAGGCUACAAUGUUCAGCUUCUCUUGGUGCAGAAUUUGAGUUGUCUUAGCAGAAUGAAUCCUCCAGGACAGAGUUUAUACACUCUUGGAUAAUAUGUCAUUAUUUUCUCUCCAUGAUUUCCCCUCUACACAAUUGCUCUGAUCUGUCAUUAUGGUAUAGCAGGCGACCUACUGCUGACAGUACUGUUUAGAAUAAGCUGUUGCUUGUUCUGAUGUUGAAUAGCAUUUGUAUCUGAAGGAGCAAUUUUGGAUUUACUGGAUAAAUACAGGUAAUAAAACAGCACUUGUAUAAUUUGUGUUGAGUUGCUUAAUCCUUCAUUGUGAAAUUGUUGUUCAACUUUUAUCCAGGAGGAAAUCUGUUUUAUGUACCUUCUGUGCCGGACCUCUGAAGGUAUUUGCCUACACACUUAUAAUAGGACAUUUAUAUCAUCUGGAAUUGGCGUUUUCAAACUGAAGGCCUUUUCUCACUUGUGUCUUUUGUGCAGCCAACACUAGCUCUGCUCCUGGAUAUUUAUUGUGCCAUUGCCCUCCGGUGUAGACAGUCUUCUUGUGUAUUUAUUUGUGCUUAUUUAUAACUGAUAAAAUGGCCAUAAUGAGUUCUGUUUGUAAAAAAGGAUAUUGAAUAAUUUCUAUGAAACUAAUUAUAUAGUUAAUAACUAUGCUGCAGCAAUAUCCUCCUUUCAAGAAAAGGAAGCAGACAUGUGAGAGGGGAGCUCUCCUUGCUUUGUUUAUAAAACUUUCUAGAGAAGUUAGCAGCACAGACAAUAACAGGGAGCCAGCCCUGCCAUUAGGCAGAGUGAGCCAGCUGCCUUGGAUAACUGAAUCUGGUUAUCAUGAGAGAACAGCAAAUUGUUAGUUAUUUAAAAACAACCAAGUUUCUUAUGUCGCCACAAAGACUAACAAAUGUAUUAUGGCAUAAACCUUUGUAGACUCAAGCCGCCUUUGACAAAUACAUGAAGUGAAAUAUUAGUUGGCAGGUAAGGUAGGAUUAAGGGACGCGGGUGGCGCUGUGGGUAAAAGCCUCAGCGCCUAGGACUUGCCAAUCGAAAGGUCGGUGGUUCGAAUCCCCGUGGCGGGGUGCGCUCCCGUCGCUCAGUCCCAGCGCCUGCCAACCUAGCAGUUCGAAAGCACCUCCGGGUGCAAGUAGAUAAAUAGGGACGGCUUACUAGCGGAAAGGUAAACAGCGUUCCGUGUGCUGCGCUGGCUCGCCAGAUGCAGCUUGUCACGCUGGCCACGUGACCCGGAAGUGUCUGCGGACAGCGCUGGAUCCCGGCCUAUAGAGUGAGAUGAGCACACAACCCUAGAGUCUGUCAAGACUGGCCCGUACGGGCAGGGGUACCUUUACCUUUAAGGUAGGAUUAUGUGACAAUAAGAUGCAAAAAUCACAACCAGCAAUAAUUGAAGCUUAAAUUCAUAUUAAGUAGGCACAUAAUGGAUUGAGGAGUCACUUGUGAGAUUUUUCGGUGUCAUCCUCCAAAAUAACUUGACUAACUUUGGGUACAAUGUACUUGCUUGUGAUGAGGAGGUCUAUUUGCUGAUUUACCUGGGGGUGGGGUGGACAAGGCUGAAUGCAGUCUUUGGACCAAAGAAACGCUAAAAAAAUUGCCACACCUUUUUUUAAAAACACUGAUAUAGUGAUGGGGGUGUAUCGGUGCACUGACAUUGGUCCAGGGGCACCUCUAGGCAUUGUGUGUAUUUUUCUGUCAUUAUGGCAGGUUGCUCCUUCCAACAAGACAACAUUUUUCUUCUUCCUGCAACUUCAUAGGUCAAUGUCCAUUUUGAAUGGUCUUGUGAAGUUGUGGUCAUAUCAUCACCUGUCGUAGUCCUGUGCUGCCAGCCACAGCAGAGCUCAGUGGAGGGAGAAUCCAGCCAACCAGCCGAGUGUCGGGGGGGGGGGGGUACUUGCCUGGAGGCAGAGUCUGUAUGCAAGGUUCAGUCCAGUCCUAAGGUCAGGAGUACCUCAAUGCACAUAGUCAGACGAUUCAGGCAUCAAGAAAGCCGAGGGUCCACAGUCACAAGAAGCAAGAUCUAGUCAGGAAUGACAAAUGCUGUUUACAGCAACUGACUGAGGCUGGAAAGCCUGCUUAAGAAAGCUGGAGCCAGCUGGUUCUCAUCAGGAGCAAGAAGGCUGAUCAGCAGCAGGUGGAGUCACUUCACCUUCUGCUCCUUCAGGCUGCUGCUCAGCAGGUGAAGCUCACUCCUGGCCCAUGAUAUCACCCUCUACCUCCCUCUAAUGGAGUUUAUGUAGCAGAUGUUUCAUAUCUUUCCUCUUUUUUUGGUGAUUCAGCAGUCUGUACAGUAACUUCCAAAAGAUCAUGACUACAGCUGCCAGAGGGCUUUGCAAACAGGAAGUGGGCUUCACACAACUUCCUUUUGAGACUGAAGUACCGGGUUUCUGUAAGCUGCUGAGUGUAAUGAUCACUCUGCAGGAGAGAGCUCACUUUGUCUCCUCUCCAAGGGUGAGCAGACUGUGAAUAGGAUUUUAUUUCAAUCAUACUGUACUGUAAGACAGAGAGCCACUCCAGGAAAUGAGCCGUUGCAAGGUAAUGUAAUUCUCUUUGCUCUCCAUAUGGUUUACAUUUGAAACUUUGCCCCAAGCAAAGAUCACCUGGCAUCAGGACAACUGGAUUAUUCAUGUUCACUUUUGCCUGCUUUGUGUCCCACUGUGAUAAAGCAACUCAAAUUCCAAGGAUUGGACUUGUGGUAAAGGGAACUUGGUGCUGAUUAUUUUGUUAAUUCUAAUGAUCGUUGUGCUCUGUUUCUAUUCAGCAAAAUGACAGAAUCAGCGGUGGUGGCAAAAGCCUCCGUGCUCCCUCAUAUUUCAAAGCAAUAACUGGAGUGAGCACAUCUCCAGAAAUAUAAAAUUCAGCAUACCAAAGGAGUUAGGAACCUGUUGCCUUCCGUAUAUUGGAUUGUAAUUUACCAUCAUUUUCUUUGUGUGAUGCCUUUCUGUAGUUAAAACCAUGCUCAAGGUAGAAUACAAAGUGAAGAGAGUUGCAUAAUUACAAAAGUAGUUAUUAGACAAUAAAGCACAUUAAAAAGUACAUAACAAAAUUGAACAGCAUUGCCGGAAAUAGACCAUGACGCCUGAAAUCCUACAACAUCUGGAGGGCCACAGGUUCCUCACCCUGAUAUAUAGAAUUGAGCUACAUGUACCAACAGUCUAUGUGACUAAUGAUAGUAAAAGGCAGUUUAUCUGUGUCUGUUUAUUUUCAUAUUUUAUAUGAGGGUUUUUGUUUAUCAGUCCAACGUUUUCCUCCCUAGUUUACAUGGGAGGUUCACUAUGCCCAAAUUUAAGAAGAGGGAAAUUGCUACCUAGAAGAGAGAGAUGUAUUUUAUCAUAACAAGGUGUUUCUGCUCUCAAGAAAAGGAAUUAACAUGCAGGCUAGACUACAUGUUAUAGCCUCUUCCAUAGUGAUAAAUAAACAAUGAUUACUCCUUGGCGUCAGCAUGAAAAUGUUUACCCCUGAGCUCUUGAGUUGUAUGCUGAUUUUUGAAAUCAGUUGCCCUUAAAAAUCUUAAUGUGUCUUAACUUAUACAGUAUCUCAAUCUUAGGGCCAAAGAUGAGAUACCACUCCCGCAGUUAGCAAUUGCAUGCAUGGCUUUUAAAAAGUAAAUUGCCCGUGUGGACCUACCAAUCUGGAGUGAAAUAUUGGCAUGGGUGAUAAGUAGACUUUGUCCCUUUGUUUCCCCAUGGGGUCCUGUCCUGGAUCACCCCUGCUCUUUGUAUGGGGGUGGUAGAAUCCCCCAUUCACUCCAAAGUCCAGUCUUGUGGUCUGUCCAGCCGCAACACUAGAAUGAAAACUGCACUGUGAGCUUUUUUAUUGACAUAGCUUAAAGGCACAAAUCAAUUGCCCCUACAAUUGGCCAUCAAAGUCGAUAUGGUAAUGGGAAAUUCAGUGGCCUGGACUCCUUUUUGACUCGUGCGUCAGCAAGAAAAUUGCCAGUUAAGAUUAAGCUGCAAAAUGUUACAUGCGAUAGGAAUAAAAAAAGAGAAAAGAGCAGCUCCAUUGACUUGUGCUCAGUGGCUGAAAAGUGUCGUGUUGACUCAUAAAUGGCACAUAUUGGAGCUAGAUUAAUUAGUGACAAUCAGUGGGAGAUUUUCAGUUUUGGAUGGGUCGCCAUAGCAGCUGCCCCUUUAAUUCUGGAGCAAGCCAAAACCUGCCCACUUCUUUUAAGACUUGCUUUUACUUAAAGACAUGCCAACAUUUCUGCUCGCUUUGGAAAUGCACUGAGAUGGAAAUCUAAAACCAGGGUUGACUGAGGACCUUGAUGAAAUUAUUGAUGGCCCUUUGGGACAGCUGGUCCAAAGAUCUGUCAUCAAGUGCAGUGCAGGGAGGGCGGUGAAUCCCGUGACUUCAGCCUUUACCGGCCGUGUAUAUGACUGCGCCUGCCUUGAGCAGAAAGUGCAGAUGGGGACUUCUUGCUAUGAAGUAGCAGCAAAGUCCAUAAUUUCAUUACACCCCCACCCAACAGACAGGACACUUGAGUGCUGAAUCCCAAAACAUAGGUGCUGGGCUUCAAGUUGUCUUCUCCUGCUGAAACAUUAAGUAUGAAUGCUAAUUGUGAUAACUGGUUUAUGCAGAAUUGAUGGCACCUGCAGAUGCAGCUGGGCGUUUGUCCACACACCAGCAUGUUUUAUUACUUCACAUGCUCCAGGGCUUUAUCCUGCUACCAGAAUCCAGUCCUGGCACAGGUCAAGCUAACCGUACCUGACCUGGUUGGGGCUAAUAGGAGUUAUAGUCCAAAACAUCUGGAGGAGCCCAGACUGGCAAAGGCUAGAUUAAGCCAUCAGAGUACAGUUUAUGUCAGCAUGCAAGCACUGUGGGUUAUGAGUUGCUGAGAUUCUGCAUCUGCAUGUAUAUGUUUCAGUUUGGAGUUGGGUGGCAUAGCAGAUGGCACAGAAGACAUUGCUCACAGAAAGCCAACUGUUAGAGGUGGUUCAGGCCUCUGAAGUAGGGGAGCAGAUGUUCUACUCAUCAUUGGCCCAUCUGCUCUCUCUGCUUCUGCCAUAUCUACAGGCACUUGUGUAUCAGUGGUAAAUGAACAAAAGAACAAUCACAGCCACCCUAUUCAUCAUGGUCCCAGCUGCUUAGUCAUUGACUGUGACUAAGGGGGUGGGGUGGGAUGAGGAAUAGCUGUUGAACCUUCAUGAAAAUUCGGGAUGGAAAAGCAGCACAACAAAUUUUGAGUUAAGACUUUAACUGAGUGGAAAUGUGGCUUGUUGCUUACUCUGAACUGGCUGGUGGACAUGGUAUGAUUCUGUAGGACAGAAGAACACCCCAAAUGCAGCUUGUAGUGUAGUUAGCAUCAAGAUAGUCUCUGGAUAGGUGGCAAUGGUUCUGGGGGUUCUCCUGACCCCUCCAGAGCCACAGUUCUGGAUGUUUGGGGGAAGGAGUGGAAGCCCUAGUGUGGGCUAGUGUUAGCAGACCCAUUCAAUAUAUGAAGAGGAGCUUGAACUCUGACCUCUGGCCUCAUAUCACUCCCCAUUUUAAUUCGUUGGAGCUUCAUAGGAAUAUGAACCUGCUUUCAGUUCUGGGAUAAUCUCAUGAAGAUGGUUUCAGCUUCAAUGGUUUGUAGAAGCUCUCAAUAAUUAAAUUGUUCUGAGAGUCACGUUCUGUGGGGCCAGCAUGGCUACCAAAAGCUCUGCUGUGCAGCUCACACAGAUGGGCAAAGCAUCUGCUUCCAAUAUAAAUGUGCAAAUGUUGUGAUAGGACACCUGUCAACUUCUUCUUCCUUUGUUUAUUGGACCAAAUAUGGCCUAUUGGUUCAAAAAAGCAACAAACAGUCUAUGGCCUGCAAUUUGCUUAUGGUUCUCUAAAUGCCUUAAAGACGCGGCUCUAUGUGUGAAAGUCAUCACUGACCAUACAAUAUGUUCCCAUCGCUAAUUAAGCAGCCUGUAAACCACAGGUGUAAGGAACACAAUACUCCCUGUUGUAAGAUAAUUGCCGGAAAGUGGCAAGAGAAUGGCUUACUGCUAAGGAAACUACUUCAGGGACCUGCUUCUUUGAAAGCAGUAGCUCAUUUUAAGAAGCAGUGAAUAUUCACCCCCAGUGACAGUCUAUGGAAGCCUGUUUUCAUAUGUUAAAAAAGGAUGGCUUGUGCUUUUAAGUGUUUUAGACAAAAGAGGUAUGUCCUCACGUAGGGAUGGAUGGAUCAGGUUAUCUCCAGCCCAUGUCAAUGUCACAAGUCCAUUCCAUCUUGUUUCUGCAUCAAUCUGCAGUUGUUGUUUUUAAAAAAAACUGCCUAAGAAGAUCACAUUAACUUUGGAUAUACAUGGAUUUUUGUUUACACCUUAUCCUAAAUGAUUUAGAACAUUAUUUAAGAAGCAAUAACUGUAUUGUAAAUUUUUAGAGGCAAAUUUGGUACCUUAUUCCCAGAGUGGGUGGAUCAGGACAGUAUGUAUCAGAAUAUGCUCCCCCUCAAAAAAAAAAUUGAACAAAAAACCAAAAACCCAACUCCCCAGCAAGCUUGGUUCAGAGGUGUCGAUACUAGAGGCUGAUGUACACCUUUGCUUGUUCAUACCAUACAGACAUAUAGGGGAAUAUGGAAAUUGUCCAUUAUUCCCAUCAGAUAUAGUUGUUUGAUUAGGAACAUGGCACAAUUAAAUUAAGCCCAUCCAUUGUGCUUUACAUUUCACUGGGAGCAUUGUGGAAGUUUAAGGAGCACAAGCAAAAGUGCCGCUUCAUAUUUUGAGGCAGGGAGAAGAUUUGCAGCAAGGUUCGAAAGCUUCCGCUUGGAUCAAAUUGAAGGUCAGAUUCCAGAAAGCAGUGUAGAGGAUUUGCUGAGGUUAUUUUUUAUACCUCAUAAUUACUAGGGACAUUGAUGCCCCUGAGGCAUGGUCAUGUGUAUCCUGUUCUGCCGGCGCUUAGGGGCUCACAAGGGAAGUGGUAUACAUUCCCAAGGCAUCUUUCAGUCAGACUCCUGGGCAGCCCUGCUAUCUGAGCUAUGGAAGGUGUUUGUCUCAGCCAAGGACCAGAGUCACCCAAAGGCUUAGAAAGGCUGGUAGGGCUUUCCCCUUCAGAGGCUGUGCCCUCCCUUGGAAAGCUGUCUGCAAUCUUUAAAGGGCUCAUAGCUGAUUCUACAGUCCCAAGCACCUGUCUGACUGUGGAGUAGGGGAAACGGCGGGGAGUCAUUCCCGGAGUCUGCAGAUGAUGGGAGAGCCACAUCCUCAGGCUGAGUUGCUGUAAAUGGGCGUGCUAAGGACCCCACAGGAGGGUGACAUGCGAGUCAUCCAAAGAUGUGUCCUCCUCAUGAUAAUACGUGGUCUGAAACAUUGCAGGGGGGUUUCCUCACAUGCCAGCUGUUGUCAAAAAGUAAAUCCAGGCUGCUCAAAGGAAACAUACAAAAUGUUCUUUGAAGAAAUGCUUUGGAACCCAGUCCUGCGUGUGUGUUGUUUGUGCUGUGCACAGUUAUUGGUACCUGUAUGCUGGUUAGUUGGUGGAGGACUGAUUUCCAAGGGCAGACAAAUAGAACUGAUUUUUAAAAAUGAAUAAUGUUAAGCAUUUAAUUUUCCAGAAACAGGAAAAUCCCCAUUUUAAAACAUUGUUUAAAUUUGCAGGUGGUUUUAAAACCAGUUAUAGUUGCUGGUAUUCAGCAGUCUCCUGUCUUGCUGCUGGGUCGUCCCCACCCUCCCGUGCGCCUUGAUCGUUGAGUGUCUACAUGCUCCUGAUUCCAGGACUUUUUCUUUCCUCUAUUUAUGAUCUCUCAGAGAACUGUUCAGUUGACUAAUCUGUUCUCCCUGGCACCGUCAGCAUUUCAGCCCAGUUUUUCAAGACUGAGUUAAGCACUUGAAAAAACCCAUUGAAACCAGUUUUUCAAAACUGGCUGUUACGUUUUCAUCUUAAUGGCAACUUCUGACACCGCUGCUUACACAGUUGUGAGUGGGCUUUUGCCUCAUUUGGAGUUAGCCACUUACAGCAACAAUCCCACUAGUACUUGGGCUUUUACUUGGGUCACUAGGGACAACCCUAUUCCCCCAGAUAGCUCUAGGAGUAUUCACACUCAAAUGUGAAUACUCAGUUACCGAGCCCAACUUCAUGGUAAUGAUUGUCUGUAGCUUUGAAAGUCCACAAUUCCUAAUGGCACCCAACAACAGCCAUCAUGUUAGUCUUACAUGAAAAGACACUAGCUCUAUCCUGCCACAGUGCCUCUGCUAGGAUGAUCCCAGUCAAAAUGUUUGCAGUGAACACACAGCACUAAGUGGACUUUUUAGCUCAAUAACCCACCAGCUGUGAGAGGUGUACUUUUUGCACUGGCAGCAGUUGUAAGUCAGACCAAUUCCUAGUGUAUUCUGAGCCAUCCCAGGAGGUGGCUUUUGCCCAUGCAGCUUAGAGAUUUGAGUGUUGCUCGCUUGCAGCUUGGUUGUUCCAUUGUGAGCCCCUUAGGAAACAUUGACCUUUUCUAGAAUCUUAGUUCACUUUUUAAUUUUAUCUUGUAGGAACCGUACGAGCCCAGACAUGCCUGUGAAUGUGGAGGAAUCUAGGCAGGUGAGCUGUGAAUUGCCAGUGAAACAGAUCUUUUUUGUAAAGCACAGAACAACUUUUUAGUUAUGGGAAGUAAUAAUAAAGCAAUGAAAUACAUUUUUAUAACUUGUUUUCACACAAUCUUUUCUCCAAAUCCUGAAUUCAUUGGUAAACUGCACAUAUUGCUUAGACGCAAGCACAGCUCAGUUGCUUUCAGUGCAGUUGGAUCUCCUCUUUGGCCAGCUAAGUUAUUUCCUUGGGUCACCAUUAGUAUGUGUGACUUCCCCUCUUCCUGAACCUAGAGUCCACCAAAAUAACCUUAUAAGGAGGUAUUAGCUAUGGGGGUCUCUAGAUGUAUAUAACAAGUCACAGACACAUUGUGGGAAUGUACAGACCAAUUAGAUGUACAGUAUCUCGUAAGGAUUGAGGAAGUACAUUUUUCCUGUUUCCUGUUGAAGCUGGCUGAAUCAGAACUCGUUCAUUUGACCCCUGUCAAAAUGCCACUUUCUUUAGAGCAGUUCUUCAACUUUUAAUUGCUGGGUCCCACCCCCCGUAAGGAACUAAUGUUUGAUUGAAUACAGGAACAAGAUGUGCUUAAACAUCAUCAUCAUCAUCAUUACUAUUAAUAAUCAUAUUAAAAUUGAAAACAUAGGAAUGCUUUUUUUAAAAGCAAGGAUCUAAUGUUGGUUUGAAUUGAGGAACAAGCUGUUCUUAAUAUUUAAAAUUAUUUUAUUAUUAAAAGCGUGGGGGAAAGGCAAGACAUCCAACCGAAUCACUAUUUGAUUCAUGGAUUAGAUUGAUUGCCGUUGGUUUCCAAGCUGGGCUCUCUAGUGGGGAAGGUUCUGACUCCUGUUUUUUGAUACGUCUCUACACACUAAAUUGCAUUGAAGAAGUUAACUUUGGAAGAUUUGUCCAGCCGCUUUGUAGCAUUGUUGGGAAUAUUCUGAUAAUUACAUAUCCAGAGUAGGCUGCUUCCAGAUUGUUACUUAUUUUGUCAGUCAGGUUUGAUCACAAAUGGGCAAAUUCAGGUUGCACACUUAAACUGUAUUUGGCACUUGUGCAACAGACCUGCUUCCAAAACCAGAAAACUGUUUGUGGUAAGGAACCUGACAGAAGAAUGCACUUGAAAGUGUGGAACAAUUGCUUGACGCAAUGCCAUUUAACUUCCUCGGAAAACAGACAAACAGACAAACCAACAAACCAGGAUAGAUGCACUAUAAACAGGUAACCUGAGUCUGUUUCCCCUAUUCACUCCAAAGUGGUAGUUGCUUGCUUCAUCACUUUAUCCUAGCUCUUAGCAUUAUCUAAUAAUAAUCUUAAAAUUAUCUAAUAUAAUUGCAGGCCAGCUACUCUUACUCAGUUUUGAUCAGGUACCAUAUUGGUGGAUCUAUGUUUUAUUAUUACAGUAUUACUUUUUAAAGUGUGUCUUGGCCACAUCUGCACUGGCUACUUUCUGAGAGAUCAAAUUUAUUGCAGAUCAGCAGGAGAGUUCUGUUGUUGAAAUAAAUUUCUCUACACUGAUUAUCUGCCUUUCUCUGGCUCUAGCAAACCUUUCUUUCCUCAGUCAUUGCUUUCUGUAGCACUAUGUAUUUAUACAUAUAUACUGUACUGGGGGAGGUUGUCCACUAGGUACCCUUGUCCUGAGUUGCUUCAAUCUCUAAAAGUUGACAAAACCUAAACCCAGCUCAGUAGCUGACAAUUGGCCAGUGCAGAACUUUCAACACCACCUGCACUAGGUCCAGCUUCUGAACCAUGUGCAAAGUAGCCUCCCAUUCAACAUAUUACAGUAAUAUAGACAUUAAUUUAUCAGUGCAUAGACCACCACAGCAAGGCUAUUCCUAUCCAGGAACAGUCAUAGCUGGAGGACUAUCCAGGAAUAGUCAUAUCAACAGAAGUUGAUAAUGGGUGCUUGGAGCCAUUAAGGUCACCUGGGCUCUCGUGACAAUGGUGGAUCUAGGAGCACCUCCAAACUAUGCACCUACUGCUUCAGAGGACGUGCAGUCCCAUCCGGGGCAGGUUCCCAACUUGGGAACUGCCCAUCCAUAGGAAAUCUAUUAAUCAUCAUCAUCAUCAUCUUCAUCUUGCUGGAAUUCAGUCACAAUUUAUAAGCCCUCAUCAACCCAUAACUGCAUCCAGGCAUCUUUUUUGGACGUGCACAGCCUCUCCUGAUUCAGAUGUUACAGAAAAACAAGUAUACUGGUGACACUUCUCUCUGCACCUCCUAAUGCUUGCCCCAGCAGCUUCAUAUAGAUGUUAAAUAGUUUUGUUUCUGUGGUACCCUCCAGAUCAACUGCCAGGGGCCAAGGGAAGUCAUAUAGUAUAAUUCUUUGAAAUCUAUCCUGUAAGUUGAACUGAAACCACAGGAAAACUUUGCCCCCAGGAUGAUGCCCUAGUCAAUGGUAUCAAGUCACUGAAAGAUCCAGGAAAAGGAGCAGGUUUGCACUUCCCAUCUCUGUCUUUCUCUCCCUACUGAAGAAGGUCAGCCAUCAGGAUGGCCAAGACCAAUUUUGUCCCAGAACCGGGCAUGAACCCAGAUUGGAAUGGGUCAAGAUAAUCUAUUUCAUUUAAAAAUGACUCUGUGUCUUCAUGCUAUUUCUCAACCUUUUUAUUUUUCAAUGGUCCCCAAGUGAAAUAGGCCUCAGAUGCGUGGGAGGAGCAGAGCAAAAUACCCUUUGACUAAUAUAUAUUGAUGUUUUCUGCUGAUGACUGAGAAGCCUGUACAUCCCUGCUCUUUUGACUUGAUUUGAUAAUUAGAUUCAUUUAAUCUUCUUUUGUCGUUCCUUUUUAUUCUAUCCAUCUCCUUGCUCAGGAUGGAUUUGAGAGCUAGUCAGGGAUCUCCUGACACAAGAUACAGCCUGUUCUGGACUGAGCAACAAUACAGCCCAGGAAGGUGAAUUCCUCUAGAAGGGAAAAGAAGCAAGCAUAGACACAGCGGGAAUACCUAAAAAUAAACAAAUGGAAGAUAGCUUGCUAUGCCUCUCUACUUGAACUACACAAUCUAAAAAGACAAGAAAAGAGCACAAAGCCCUUUGACAUCUUUCUUCCUCUCUGUCUUCCCCAGCUAAUGCAGGUUGUGAGUCUGUGCAUGGAUUGUAUCACUGUGGUGUUAUGUACGAGACAUGCCACAUUGUUGUACUAAAUAAAGACCCAUUAAAAUCUCUUGGAGUGUGCAAUUAUUUAAAUGGGAUGUGGUUAUACCCUAAUUGUAUCAUAGCCUUAUGUGGUUUACAAUGCAGAUAAGUAACUGAGUAUAGAUUGAUCCUUAUAAUAGACCUAUGGUCUCAGGUUCACUGUAGUGUAACUGAAGAGGUAAUUGUUGUGUUGUGUGCCCUGGUCCAUAUAUUUGGACAAACAACUUUCAAUAAAUAGAACUAAGUUUAUAGUUCUCCUAGGCAGAAAUUCAACUCACAACCAGUGCACAACCCAUAUUCUUAUACAUUGAAGAGCUGGUGUCCUAGGACCAAUGUCAAGCCGAGUGGAAACCCAUUAUUGCAAGAGAAGUUGCCUCGGAGCAAGGAUAUAAGAUCUCAGCAUUUGAAUGGCUACUGACUUCCAUCUUGCCACCAACGCCAUCGCUGACCACUAGAAAGUGAGAAAGUGCUGCCUGCUCUUAGUAGGCAGUGCCGCAAGCUAAUUAUAAAUUUGAUACUUGCUAAUUCCCUACUGAGAGAAGGGCACAAUGGAAAUGCACAUCUUUGUUUUUUCUUUGUAGCCCUUCAAAGAAAAGCAUUUUAAUAAAGUGUGUUUAUUUAUGAAAAGCUGAUUUAUUAUUGCAUGUGAAGGACAGCUGCUUUGAAAUUUAACAACCACGGACACUGUGAUAUUGCCCCCAUUUGAGAUAUGGGAUGUUUGCCAGAGAGACUGCUGUAGUCACUCUUAUUUCUAAUGGUGGAGUUGAGCCAGUUCCUUCUAAGAGCAAAACUGGCACACCUAACAAGUUUUCUUCAGGAGACAGAAGUAUCAAAUGCAAGGCAUCUUAGCUCCUUGUCAUCACAUUUCCUGAGUGUUUCUCUGCUCUGGAUCCUUCCUAGGCAUUAGUGACUGUUUAAUGUGCUUUAUUUACAGCAUCUGCAACAUGUGCGUUGAGCAACUGGUGUUGCCAAAGCACUAGAAAAGCUGCCUGAGAUUAGCUGUUAUUGCCAUAUCUUGCAGUUGAAACAAAUGUCUCAGGGCCAAAAUAUGUGGGGCCCUGUCACUGUAGCUGCUGUGGGUAUGAAACAUAGGUUUCUUCCCUCUUUGGGUGCCCCUUUUUUGUUUCAUUGCUAGCUCUGUCUACCCCACCCUCAGCUGUAGAAGAUUAUAUAGGUAAAGGGUUUUUUAAAACGUAGUUUGUAGUUGAGAUUCCUGGGGUGGACUAAAUGAUGCUUGGGACCCCUUGCAUCAAUUCUAUGAUUCCUCCAUACGUUGCUUGUUUGUAUGAAAUCCAGAUUCCUCAUCAAAUCUAUGUGUGCAAUUUAAAUUAGCAGUUUGGCUUGUGUUGUAUUAUCCAUAUCUCCACAUGCUGUACGAAAAACAGAGCCUUAUUGAUGAAGCAGCAGUGGCUAGUUUUUAACUGUGUUACACAGAGCAAUCCAAACCCCUGAUCUACUGUGCCGGAGAAAAAGAGCAUGAGAACCUAUAUACUUUAGUAUAGCUGGGAAUAAAGGUUUUUUUAAACCACAAUGACAACCCUACCUCAUUGAGUUUAAGUAUGCUGUUACCUAGCUUAUUCCCAGGUCAAUGGAGUAGUUGUGACUUCAUCAGUGACAAUUCAUAGGCCUCAAAAAGUCAAAUUAAGAUCUGACUAGGGAGCAGUUCAUAGUGUACCAUAUUCAGGAGGCCUAGGGUUGGAUUUUGGCCUGAAAAUGUCUCGGUGUGGGGGCUGAAUUUCUUUUUUAUAUUAUUAUAAACCAAGGAAAAGGCAGAAUGUCAACAUAGCACUGGCUUCAUCUCACAUGGAGAACCAUUUGAUAUCAAGUACGUAUUUGGCCCUGACCUCUGCCCUUCUACCUAAACGUGCCUCGUAGCUAUAACAAAAGACGCUUCCUCUAAUGUGGAAGGAAAAGGUUAUGAUACAAGUGAUAGAAAUAAAAGUAUUCUCUAUAGGUUGUGUUUGUGUGAACAUGUGAACUCAUGGGGCACAGAUCACCCUGUUCCCACCAUUCUCCGUUCUCCCUAAGAAGCAACUCCAGCAAUGUGUAACUUUCCCAGAAGAAAAAGCUUUUCUGUAGGACAUGGAAAUAGUUCUGCAUCCAGAUGUAUCAGGCAGAACACAAAUGUACUUGUGCUACAGACCACCGGUUGGUAUCACCACCAGUUCACUUUUCAGGUCCUGGGAUAAGUCAGUGUGGUGUAGUAUUUGAGAGUAUCCGACUAGGACUGAGGUUCAAAUCCCAAUUGGCAUGAAGCUUACUGGGUGACAUUUAGUCAGUCAUUAUCUUGCAACCUAACUUACUUCAUUGGGUGGUUGUGAGCAUUAAAACUCAGGACCAUGCAUGCCACCUUGAGCUCCUUGGAGAAAAAUGUGGGCUGCAAAUUAAGUCAAUCGAUAGAACAGACUAUAAAACUGGACAUGCCUCCUUGUUGAGGUAGAUGGAGCAGUAGCUGGCAAUUUUCUAAGUUAUAGCCAAGCAUUGCUAUCCCAAGAAGACUUUUGGAGAACACAAGAGAUGUGCACUGAGAAUGUAGUAUGGCCAGAAGCACUUGGGAAAGUAGCACUGCAUGGGCAGCUAGUUCUGAAGUUCCUAGGUGGUUGUUAAUACCCAGAUGCCAGAGCACUUUCGGAUACAGAAAAACUGUCAUCUGUCAGAGGGCCUUCUGGCGGUUCCCUCACUGCGAGAAGCAAAGCUACAGGGAACCAGGCAGAGGGCCUUUUCAGUAGUGGCGCCCGCCCCGUGGAACGCCCUCCCAUCAGAUGUCAAAGAGAUAAACAACUACCUGACGUUUAGAAGACAUCUGAAGGCAGCCUUGUUCAGGGAAGUUUUUUAAUGUGUAACAUAUUGAUGUAUUUUUAAUCUUUGUUGGAAGCCGCCCAGAGUGGCUGGGGAAACCCAGCCAGAUGGGCGGUGUACAAAUUAUUAUUAUUAUUAUUAAACACCAAAUCAAGGUUUUGACAUUAUAUCUGAACUGUUUUUGUCACACUCCCUUUUUUAUUAAAUGAACGUCUUAAAAUGCCUUUGUGUCACUUACCAUGUCUCUCAUACAGUACCUCAUACUGUUCUUUUUCUUUCCUCAUGCUUCCAUUAGUUUUGCACCUUAGUCACUUCUCCAACUUACUCUUUCUUGUAAGCUUCAUGUUUGGAUGUAGAGCACCUUGCAUCAUUUAGCGAAAAUUAGUGUGGCAUUAUCUCUUAUGCUUGCCUUAGCUUGGUCUUACCUGCUGCUACGAAGAGGUAGAAUGUGUGUCACAUUUUAAACAAGCUUCAUAUGCACCCCCUUUUCAGGCUUUCUAGUUGUCUUGAUUCCUAGGUACAGCUGAAGUGUGUAGGCAACAGGAAUACCACAGCCUAACUUAAAUGAGAACUGGGACGUUUGCACAUAGGCAUCUAUGUGAAAGUAGGUCCCACUGCCUGGUGUCUAGUACCAAAGCCGAAAAAAAAGUGAGGCCUGCUUGUGCAUGCGCAAAACCCCCAGUCCUCAUUAAAGUUAUAUGCACAGCACGGCUGAGGGAGAAUGUGCAGAUCCAAGGUUUGCUUCUGUAUCGAACUGCGAGAAGACACUUUCCUGGCCACGCAUGAGUCAACACUAUAUUGCACUGUAAUCUGGUUCUGAGCAUACUGCAAGAAAUUAGGCAAAAGCAAGACAGUGCAGUGUUUUAACUACUCUUCAAAACUUCACUAGUCAGACAAGAAAAAAAAGAUACUCCUACUUCCUAUUCUGGUUUUGAGCAGGUCACUUUGAAGAUUUUUGCCACUUUCAUUAUCUGUUAUAUUAUUGAUUCACAUUUUUGUACUUUGUACCCUUAUGCAUUAUAUUAUUUUGUUAUGUCUUUAACCCCCAGUGUGACAAGGUCUAGCGCUGUUACCCUUGUUUACUGAGUCUUUAAUCCCUCUCUCCACCCCCAAUUGUCUUUCAGAGUUCCUGCUGGGGACUGUGCGGAAGGAUGGCAUCUGCAGAACCCCUGACUGCUUUCUCCCGUUGGUACCUCUAUGCUAUUCAUGGUUACUUCUGUGAGGUGAUGUUCACAGCUGCUUGGGAGUUUGUGGUCAAUUUCAACUGGAAAUUCCCAGGUGUCACUAGCGUAUGGGCACUCUUCAUCUAUGGAACUUCCAUCCUCAUUGUAGAAAAGAUGUACCUGUACCUGAAGGACAAGUGCAACAUCCUAGUGCGCUGCCUGAUUUACACCCUGUGGACGUAUACUUGGGAGUUCACCACCGGCUUCAUCCUGCGCCAGUUUGAUGCCUGCCCUUGGGACUAUUCACAGUUUGACUUGAACUUCAUGGGCCUCAUAACCCUGGAGUAUGCCAUUCCAUGGUUCUGUGCAGCAGUCAUCAUGGAACAGUUAGUCAUCAGGAACACCCUGCGUUUGCGAUUUGAUGAGAAUGCUGAACCCGGGUCUCCUACCGCUGCUGUAACCUUGGCCAAUGGCCAUGUGAAAACUAACUGAACAGUAACUUCAAACUACACCUUGACUAAGUGAAUUCUCCUGCCCCUUUCACUGGAGACUUUUGAUGAUGGCCUCAAAAACAAAACUCCUGCUUCCUGUAUGAUAAACAAACCUCCUGUGUUUGGAGGCAUGCAUGAAAAAGUGGAAUCAGUAGGUUUUCUAUGGAGUUUUGCUCUCUCUUUUUGUUUUUUUUAAAGCAACAAGUAGCACUGUCAGCUACCUGUUGGUGAGACAGUUUGACUUGUAACUUAUUAUGAGAACAGUCAUAAUACCUGCAUUUUACUACAUAUGGGUGGGGGGGGAUAAGAGUAAUGCUCAUCAACCUUGUACAAAUAACAAGUUAGUAGAUUGGCACAGACGCCCCAUUUAACUUAGUGAUUGGCUUAUAUCCCACUAGGCAAUAUUCAGGUGCUUGCUUGCAACCAGUACCUCCCAGGGGACCCGAGAUGCUUCAGGGUCAAGGAAAACUCAUUAGCUGUUGAGACAACCCAACAGUGGCAGUCAACUGGGGAGGUGGUUUGCCCUCUUGUGUGCUCCCUCCUAAGUUUUUUGUUUUUAAAUGCACCACAGUGUAUGAUAAUAUGGUGCUGGACAUCUUCCUGGAUUUCUAUAAAAUUACUUUUUGACUCAUCCAUCCUGAGGCUCGCUAGAGACCUUCUCCCACUCCCAAUAGUCUUUUUAAAAAAUAAAAUAAAAGUCUCUUCUGCUGGAUUAAUUAUAUCAUUACUGUACAAGUUGCAUUUUUGGCCAAGGAGCCCAAAACGGGAGAGAAAUGGCUGAAGUCUUCCCUGCCUCCUAUCCUUGUUCUUUGUAAUAGAACUGAACAGAAGGGCUGCUUCAGCUCCGAUUCGCCCCAUAGUAACUGUUCACAUUACCAGGAUCCUCUCUGCCUUCCUCCCCUGAGAAUUCUGUCACCAAUGAUACCACUGGCAAUAAUUGUGGACCAUUGGCCCAGGUAUUGAAGUCUCCGUGUGUCUCCUGGAUUUAUCGGGAAUUAGAAUUGUGCAAGACACUGUGCAGUGCUCAUCUGCUUCUACAGAUCUUCGGGAAGCUAUGCCUGAUGUUCUUCUCUAUGUACUUAACAGUAGUAUUAGGGGUGCAGUAAUCUCUCUUCAGAAAGCUAUGAGUCGCUGGAGGUGAUAUCCCACUGCUUUAUGGUGGGGAGUGCUGAAAAGCCAUUCUCCAGGAUCUUCCAAAUGGAUUGUGACCAGUGUAGAUAGGACGGCAGGCAUUCUCGAACCACCUUCCCUAAGGUUGGCUCCCCAGAGAUUGCUGAACCACAACCUCCAUCAUCUCCAGCCCACAUGUCCAGUGGUCAGAGGUUAUGGGGGUUGUAGUUCAACAUCUGGGGGACCCGGAGUUGGAGAAGGCUGUUUCAGAGCCUGCAGAAAGUAUGAAAGACCCAAGGACAGCUUAAAUUAACAAAGCAUCCAAUAGCCUUAAGAGGAGGGUAUGCUGUUACUAGACCUCCUGGGUAAAAAUAAAGAAAGAACCAGGUAUCAUUUGCACUGAACGGAAUUGAAUUGCACUAGCAAUGAGUUGAGCUUGGGAUGUGAGUUUCUUUAUGUGGCUGCAGUCUCAUCUUCUGUGGUCUGUUUAGAUGAGGCCUGCAUUAUUGUUUGACUGACCAUUGACUGUUUUCUCCAUCUGGCAGUCAGUUAACACAGCUGUUGUUUGUUCUGUUGAAUUUCAUUCUACCACCCAGGAUGGGAUCUGCAUUGUUUUAUGAAUAAGAAUAACUGUAACAGUAUCUUGUCUUGUAUUUUCGAAGUGUAAUUAGUUUGUUCUUCCUAAUUUUCGCUCAGGUGUGAAUCCAUUGCGGGCAAUGGAUCUGCUGGAGCACUGAAAGCAGAAGCUUAUUCAGGUCUGCCCUGUUUUAGACAUGUGUCUCCUGAAAUACUCAGCAAACACACAGAGAGAUUAGCGUUCCCGUUAAUCAUUCAUCCAUUAUAUAUUGAAUUAAAUUGUGUUUCCUGUCUGAGGCAGUGCCAUGCAACAACAUGCUGCAAUAAUGGUCAGCUGAGUGGAAAAUAAAAUGGAGGAGCCAUUUAUUGGCUAUGGAAUCACAAUCUUAAUCCUUUUUUACAGUGCAAUCCUAUGCAUGUCUCCUCAGAAUUAAGCCCAGUUGAGUUUAAUGGGGUUUAUUCCCAGGGAAGGGGAUAUCAAAUUCCAGCCUUAAUUCAUAAUUGGAUUUGCCAUGAAAAUAAGCAUUAUUCUUGGCAUUCCACUUUUCUAACCUGCUGUCCUAAACCACAAAAGAGAAACAGCGAAUCGGAAAGAUACUGCAUCUUGCUUUUCAUGAAAAAGUUUUUAACAAACUAAAAUUUAUUUUCCUCCAAGUAUUCUGGGAUGGAGGGAAUGGUGCAAAUAGGAGAUGGGCGACACUUGAAUCUUCUGGUAACCACAGUUCAGAGCAUUAGAUAAGGCUGGACUAGUGGAAUAUCCUUGCUUUCACUAGUAGCCACUGACUGCUAACAUCCGCUGCAACACUGGUUCCUUUACUAACAUUACAAAAACAGUAUAAUGGAAGGCUUUUUUAAUUUUAAAAAGGCAACAUCAUGGAUCUAUUUAGAAUAUGUAAGGUUGUGGUAGCAAUAUCUAUCCCCUGAAUUGGCCAGUAGCACAAUCCCAUGCUCCUUAGAGGGUCUAUAAUCCCAUCCUAAAUAACACAUUUGUUUCACGGCUCACAAAUUGUUAUUUGCUUACACUGAAAAAUGGCUUCUAGCCUCUUGCCUAUGAACACCCCUUUAACUUGAGCUACAUUUUCCCAUGAGGCAUCAGAACUACACCUCCUUGAGCUUAUUUUAUGCUAUUUUAUUUGGUUCGUACUGUGUAGAUAUGUCCCCAAGGGGCUAUAAUUUUCACACACAAGUGCACUUUAUUCGCAGUUUGCACACCAGGAACUGAGCAGGGCAUAAGUUCAUAUUUCCUCAUGCAGCAUUCACCAGACUACAACCCACAGACCAUAUGAGCUUUCCUUGAUACUAUUCUACAACAUCUCAAAGUUACUGUAUGUGUCAGGCCCUGCAGAUCUCAUUACUCUUUUUUUGAGAAAAGCAACUUGGUUGCAGUCAAGCGUUUUACCUCUUUUGCUUUAUUUACAUUCAUUUUGUCCUUCAAUUCUAGUGAAAACUACUGAUGUUGUUUUACAGUUGGGUUGCUUAAACUACACAGCGAUGGUGGCCUCAUUGCUGAGAACUGUAGCCUAGAAGCUGCGCAGCAGGUAAAGCACUGGCAAAUAAAACACCCACAGAACUCUCAGUUAAAUAUUUGCUUGUAUGUGUAUCCUCCUCAGUAGAUUAAAGUUGCCUGUUUGAAUUCACCAGCAAUAAAAAAAACUUGUGGUUUGUUGGUUUUGCCCUCUCUACCUUGUAAGAAGAGGGUGGUUCAUGCUUAUGUCAUUGGAAAUGGGUUAUAAAUUUGCUCAUGCACUGCAUUAUACUUGUGUUAUGUUGCAGCUUUUCUUACAAAACAGUAAAGAACCCAAACUC